CACCCAUCCCUAAAGUAGUGUAAUGUAAAGUAAGAGCGCUUCUGUUUUUGUCCGCUCACCUCCCUUAGCCCACAGCAAACAAACAUAGAAAAAAACAAAAAAAACAAAAAACAUCUUCGCACCAAAACCAUUCGCACCAACUUGUGUGUGGGUGGAGGUGGUAUUUCUCUCACCACCGGCUACACUCUUCCCUCCUUACCCAUUAACCAAUUCAAUUAUUAUUACAUAAAUAAAUUAAUAAUUAAAAGACAUUUCUUUCUUCUGGAAUAUACCCACUCCUACUACCACCACUUGUAUUGUAUCAAUCUCAAUUUCAUUUCACAUAUUUCACCAACCUAAAUUCUUUCCCGGAUCUCACAAACCACACCGUAGAUCUACACUUUUUUAAUCUUGUUACAAUCUCGUCGUUUCAAUCCACCGGUUGCCGUUUUACUUUUAGAUCUAUUGAUGUUAAAUGAAAACCUAAUACCUAAUCUCUAGCUACGUUUUAACUCAACAAUAGAAUCGAAUCUUCCAUAUUAUAGUUUUUGCGUUUCCUUAGCGUUUUCUUCACUUCACAACCUCAAUACGAAAGAGAGAGAAAAAAACAGUUAAUCUAUUAUCUUCAAUUUUCAAUCUUCAAUUCUCAUCGCUAAUUCGGAUUCUCCGAUUCACGCACGCGCUUCGCCGAUGGAUUUGGACGAUUUCCGAUCCAUAUUAGAUACGGCGGGCGUUGACGUGUGGAUGUUUAUCGACACCGCAAUCACCGUCGCUUCUCUGGACAACGCCGGCGAGUUAAAGCAACGGAGAGACGGAAUCGUGGAGCGUCUUUACGCCGCCACCACUGCUCCUCCGCUUUGUCAGAAUUGUGAAGGCGGAGGAAGCCUUUUGACUGACGGUAACCAAAUCAGGAAACAGAGUAACCCUAGUUUAAGCCCGGAACGAAAUCAGCGCCGUGGCGGCUCGUCUCCUCCGACGCCGCAGUCGCAAGGAAACGACGAUGAUGAAGAUGAGGAGAUAGAUCCUUACGGUGGUUUGUUCGAGGAUGAACAGAAGAAGAUUCUAGAAAUUAAAGAGUUGCUUGAAGAUCCUACACUGCCUGAUGAUUCUUUGUUGGAGUUACUGCAAAAUCUGGUGGAUAUUGAUAUUACAUUCCAAGAGUUGAAGGAGACUGACAUUGGGAGGAAUGUGAAUCAGUUAAGGAAACAUCCAUCUAGCGAGGUUCGCCGAUUGGUGAAGCUGCUUGUCAAGAAGUGGAAAGAAAUUGUGGAUGAAUGGGUGAAGUUGAAUCCACAGGGAGGAAAAAACACUGUCAUGGCUGAUGGAGACUCUCCUUUGCAGAAAACAACCCCAAAUGGGCAUCAUCAUCAGAUUCCUGAUUUUGCAUACUCACCAAAUCCACAGAAUGGAAGCUCUGGUUCUGACCGUAACCCCUCUGAACUAGAACCAAAACCUAAACAAAAACCAAUUCUUCCUCGCAAAGAACCACCUCCAAAACUAAGGCCAUCACCCCCAGUUACCGCUCCCGCCACUCAAAAUAGACAGAGAGAACAAAGAGAGAGCAAUUUUGAUGCUGAGAGGCUUGCAUCUGCAAGAAAACGGCUUCAAGAGAACUAUAAAGAGGCUGAAAAUGCGAAAAAGCAAAGAACUAUUCAGGUGAUGGACAUACAUGAGUUACCUAAGUCAAAAUCAAAGAAUGGUUUCUUUGCAAAGAACAGAGGUGGUGGCAGUUCUCACGGAAGGCAGCACUGGUGAUGGGUAGAAAAAGAAAAAGCUUGUGGGAGAUUGGGAUAAUAUAUAAGUCCUCAACCGUGUUAAUCCCUCUCCUCUGGACUAUAAACUUAUUUUUUCUUGUGGUUUUUAUUUGCUUAAAUUAAUAAUCACUGAAGAAAAAAACAAUUCUCCACAACAUUUCCAUUUUUGGAAAAGGCUUAUAUAAGCAGAUUUUGUUAGUA